AUGAGCGAGUUCAGAGUUCAUCACCAAGUCAGCGAGCUCAUCAAACUUCUUGGUUGUCCGAAGACAAAGACACAGUGUCUGUCUUGCAACAGAAAUGCCCAGGCUCUGCAGAUGCCCAUGGACAGGGUGGUCCUGCCUCCGUCCGGAUCCAAGAUGUCAGAACAGGAAGUAUCGGAGUUGCGUAACCAGCUUCUGAGUGUGGCCAGCAGUGGAGCAGCUAGCCAAGCCUCGGAGGUCUUCAAGAAAAUGAUGAGGGAGAAACAAUCCAGGAAAAACUUAUCCUUGAAGCUUCCCGAGCUGUCUUCCUGGGUACUUGAGAGGCCUAACCUGACUGGUGAUUUCGUGUCAAGUCCAGGGACUUCUCAACGGGUGUGGGCUCUCGGGACACUACCCCUAGGGGUACCGAGGGAAAGUACACGUUACUCCGCCCACCUCAAGACCAAUCCUCUGGCCGCACCUUCGUUAUUGACCAUCACUGACGUCUCAUUGCGUGAAGUGGCCAAUCGCAUCCUUCCUGUCUGUACUAUGUACUCUGCUGUGGUGCGAUUUAUUGAGGACAAGUCAUCCUUUGAGUAUGGCAUGGUUAACAUGCCCUGUGUGGAGCAAUGA